CGCCUAAACUGGUUCUUCAGCUGAUGGAUGUGAAAGGACUCACCAUUUCACAUGUGAAAAGCCAUCUCCAGAUGUAUAGAAGCAUGAGGAGUGACCUGAGGGGACAAGAUAGUAGCUCCACCCAACAAAAGAGACGAUCUUUUGAUGACCAUGAUGAGUGUGUUGAAGACGUAAAACCCAUUGAAGAAUCAGAUUCUCACUUGAUGUACAGGCCUUUCUCUUCAAAAAGGGCCAGAAUCGAGACCAGGAGUUCAAUAUCUGAGGAGAACCUGCAAUGCAGUCAAGGAGUAUGGGAGACAGUCUCGAAUCCGUACUCUUUUGAUGAUUACAUGGGAAUAAUGGAGGAAGGUAAUGGAGGUGGUUUCAAAUGGGAGCAAGCCCAUUCUAAGCCUCAAUCGACAGCCUUCUCCCCAUCACUUGACCUGUAUUACUUAAACACUUCGAAACGUGAAGCGGAAGAAUCUGACCUCGUCAAGAUUGCCAAGCUAGAGGAUAGAAUGUGCAAACCAGGAAAGGAGUACAAAUCCGAGGUUACUGAAAGUGAAAGAGCAGAGGAUGAAGAACCUGGUGUUUGCGAAUUGUCACUUGCACUCUCCCUGCCUCUUCCUUCCUCACAGAGAAGCAAUGCUUCUUCGACGAGCGAGAUCAGCGAGACAUUCUCAUCAUACUCCAGGUCUAACUUAAAAGAUUGUUCUGGCUUUUCUACUGGAAAACGGGACAUUAACUUAGAUUUGUCUAUUGCUCUUUGUGGUGCCUAAUCAAUAUUUGAAAAAAAAGUCUGUUCUCUGAAAUUAAA